AUGGCGUCACCGCAGCCGCAAAGCGCCCUGGGCGCCACGCUGCUGAUCUCCGCCGCGCCGUUCCUCAUACUCUUCCUGGUGCCGCUCGACUCGGACUCGGCGCGUCGCUCCUCGCUGCUGCACACGCUGCUCAGCUUCGCCUCGGGGGGACUCCUCGGAGACGCCUUCCUCCACCUCAUCCCCCACGCCAUCGAGCCGCACUCUCACCACUCGGAGUCCGGACACGGACACGGACACGGCGAGACGCACAACCAGGGACACGGACACAGCCACGGCCCUGGCUCGCACCUCAUGUCCGUGGGCCUCUGGGUUCUGUGCGGAAUCAUCGUCUUCCUCUCCGUGGAGAUGUUCGUGAGACACAUCAAAGGGAGCCAUGGACACGGCCACAGUCACGGUCACGCUCACGUCGAGAAACGAGAGAAGGGAGCGAAGAAAUCGGAUAAAGGGGACGGGGAGGUGGUGGAGGGGGAGGAGGUGGGGGUGCGGAGGAGACGCCCGGACCCAGCCAGCCCCCAGGAGGGGGAGGUGGCUCCUGCAGACGGGGGCCAGGGGGGGGCCCAGGAGGGAGGGGCUGAGAAGAGGGAGGAGGAGCCCAAACGAGAGCUGCAGGUGUCUGGCUACCUGAACCUGGCAGCGGACGUGACGCACAACUUCACGGACGGCCUGGCGAUCGGGGCCUCCUUCCUGGUGGGGCCCAACGUGGGCGUGGUGACGACGCUCACCAUCCUGCUGCACGAGAUCCCCCACGAGAUCGGCGACUUCGCCAUCCUCCUGCAGUCGGGCUGCACCAAGAGACAGGCCAUGUGGCUGCAGCUGUUGACGGCGGUGGGCGCCCUGGCGGGCACGGCGUGCUCGCUGCUGGCGGAAGGGGCUGGCGAGGCGGCCUCUGCGUGGGUGCUGCCCUUCACUGCGGGCGGCUUCAUCUACAUCGCCACCGUCUCCAUCCUGCCCGAGCUGCUGGGCCGAGCCGCGCCCCUCGCUCAGUCCGCCCGACAGCUCGUCGCCAUGCUCACCGGCGUCGCCAUGAUGGUGCUCAUCGCCGCGUUCGAGUAAUGCGGCAGUGUGGGGGGGGAUGUGAGGGUGGGGGGGGAGGUGCUGGGGUGAUGCGAGGAGGAUGCCCGUGAAUGGGGAGAGGAGUAUCGAUGGCCGUGAUGUUCGCGGGGAGAGGAUGGGAGUGAUGGGCGAGUGAUGGAGGGGAUGGAGCCAUGGUGGGGUGAGAGAGUGGCGGUCUCCGAGGGGUGUUGUCUGUGGCUGUAACGGAGUGUAAGUGUCGGUGUGUAGGGUGUGUGUCCGUGCUCCCGUGUGUCCUUGUAUUGGGUGUCUGUCUGUCACAAAGUGGAUUCUCAUCAUUCCAUAGUUAAAUGUGUGUAUGUGUGACUCUGGGUUUGUGUGUGUGUGCACAUGUCUGGGUGAGUGUGUGUAUCUGCGAGUGUCCGUGUGAGUCUGCAUGUGACUUUGUAUGAUCUGCAAUCUCUUUUAAUUCAAACGCUCCGCGUGUGGGAGACGGUAUGAAUUUGUCCGAGCGUUUCCGUGCGUGUCAGUGUGUUGGGGAGCGGUGGCGCACCGGUUAGCGCACUGCACUACGAUAUGAGCGAACCGAGUUCAAUUCCCGGACCACAGCUGACAAGGUCAGCGAGUGACAUUUGCACCCGGCUCAAGGCUUUACCCCCCCUAGGUCGACUCGGCCUUAAACGAGUGCCUGGUGCAGCGUGCACACGUCAGCACUGGGGGAGACAAAGGCGGCCGUGUAUAAUGCUGGCCACAAUACCCCCCCCUCCUGUGCCGUGUCGGCCUCCAUAAGUCGCUCGUUAACAUCGCUUGCCCCAACAGUCUGUAGAGGCUACAUGGGGGACCUGUGUGUGUGUGUCGGUGUGGGUGGACUAACACAAGGGGUUGUGUGUGAGUGUGUGUCAACACACACCACAGGUUUACACACCCGCGCAUGCUGUACACGUACACACACCCGCACACACACCCGCACAACGUUACACGGUCUCCUAUAUCAUGUGAAUGCCUGAUCUGUAACGAGGCCCCAGUUUACGGGAAUAAAUCUCCACGCAAUUUUG